GGAAAUCUCAAACACAGGAAGUUGUGGAAAGAGAAGGUAGAUUGUUUUCUCGGCGGUAACGAAAACAAGACCACAUUAAGGACAUAAUCAAGGAAGAUGCCGGAGAGGGGAAGACACCACCAAAGGAGUGAUGAUGUGUAUGCACAUUACAAGGCCACGGACAGGGACUAUUCACACAAUGGAGACGACUCUUCAUAUGAUCGCAGAGGUUACAACCAAAAGCCAAGAGAAAUGGAUGAGAGAGGCUCUGCUGGUGACAGGAGGGCCAAACAAAACAGACAGAGGGACAUGACAACUGCCUCUCACAAGGAGCCACCUGCUUACAGAGAUCACGACCACAACCAUGAAGGACCCUCAAGGCUGUCCACGGAGACAUCAGUGCAAUACUCUGAAGGGCAGUAUUAUGAACAACAACACAGACAAGCUCUUUACAAUCUCAGAUACGUGUUAACCAGUAGAGGUCUUUGCCAGGUCAUGGAGCUGUUCGUUAAUAUGCUUAUCGUCAUCUGUGCCGGAGUGCCCUACAGCAACAAUGGGGGUUACCGUGACCUGGCCAGCCUCGGUGGACUCUACUAUUAUUACUACGGUGGAGCCGGUGCCUUCACAGGAGCCGAGGCAGACAAGGUGAAGGAGCUGGACCUGCUGUUCCACCAGCUCAAGCGGCCUCCGUACAUCUUCACCAUGGCCUGCGGUGGGGUUUUAAUGAUCUACGCUUGUGUCAUGCUUGCCCUGGGGAUUUUCAGAGUCCCUUACCGCUGGCCCCCUGUGCUGCUGGGGGAAGCUCUGCUGAACUUCCUGAUCGGCCUGGGCUACAUCCCUGCUCUGGCCUUCUACUUCAUUAAGCUGCAGGAAACCUACAAUAAUCCCAUCUGUAAAGAGAGAGAGCAGAUGUACAAGAGCAAAGGGCACAAGGGCUUUGACUGCCAGUUCAAUGGCGCAGAUAUCGCAGGAGGUCUCUUUGGGGUGCUGGGGGUGUUUGUUUUCAUCUUUGGUGCAGUGUUAGCUGUCAAAGCUUUCAGGUCAGUGCGGGAGCUAAAGAGGCAAAGGACAAACGAUGACAAUAAUUUUUAAGAUGGUUUUUCUCCAUGACAUAUGGCAAAAGUGGGAUUGAGUAGAAAUCCCUGUGACAAGAAAACAUGGAAGGCUUUCAUCAUAUUAGGUGUAACUGUGUAUUAACUCCUCUUGAAUGUGAUCGGAGAAUCAGAUUUUUAUCCACUUUUUACGCUUCAAUGAAGUUUUUAUAUUUGAUUUCAGAGAAUACUUUUUUAUUAUUACCUGUUUUCCAGUUUACAAACCUCUGUAUAGUGUCUGUUACAUUUUGUAUAAAUUUGUAGGUAUAAUAAACUACUCAAAUGGCAAAUUAGGUUUUUUCAGUCAUUUACAUGACAUUUGUGCAGAGAAAAUACUUUGAAACUAUAAACGUUAUCCAGGUGCACUGCCAAAGGCCUAGAUCAGAGGUGUCCAACCAAGCAGCAGCACACCAGAUUUGACUCAUUUAAUCAACUAAUCUCAGUCUUCAGACAAUUGAUUGGUCAAAACGUGUGCUCUUGAUUGGUUGGAACAAAAACCUGCAGCCACAUGGCCCUUUGUGGAAAAGUUUGGACACCUCUAGCCUAAAUCAUUCGUGUCCCACACCUAAAUUAUUGGCUACAUUAUCUCACUUUAUUCUGUUGAUCAUUAAUCCUGGCACAUGACAGACUGUUGUUGUAAAAGACUGAACUGACUCUUUCAUGGAACCAAAUGUCUUGAGCUCUUUAAAGGAAAAUGUCCAGUUACCAGUGUCAGAUGUAUUUUCUGCAUCAAGGGAGACAAGGGCAACAAAGCGUCGUUUGUUUUGAACUUUGUCCUCGGA